CGGCUGCUGGCAGAGCCGUAGUCAGGUCUGGAGCAGAGUUAUGAGCAGGUCGGUGGUUCGAUUGGCAGUGUUUUGACCAGUGGCCAUGCCGAGGCCCAGCCUGGAGGCGGCCGGGGGCCGUGGGGGCCGCUUCUCCGUCUCCGUCUGAGCCCCGAGAUGCCCCGCAAAAAGAUGGCAGCCGACGGCAGCGAUUCGCAGUCGCCGCGAGGACCUGACGCCGCCCUGGACCACCAGAUGCCUCCUCAGGGUCCACCUUCGCACCCAGGUCCGAGCACAGAGUCUUCCGCGGCUUCGCACGACGCAUCGGAUCUGAGGUAUCGGCACAAGAAGUUCAAAAAGAUGGCCACUGCGUCGCCGUCACCGCCACCAGCCGCCGCCGUGGCGGCGGCCAACGAGGGCCCAGUGAACGGGUCCGGCCGGUACGUGUGUCCGUACUGCCAGAUGGCGUGCGCCAAACCCAGUGUGCUGCAAAAGCACAUCCGAGCGCACACCAACGAGCGGCCCUUCCCUUGCAGACCCUGCGGAUUCGCCUUCAAGACCAAGAGCAAUCUGUACAAACACUGUCGGUCCCGGACGCACGCGAUCAAGGCUGGCGAGCCGGAAGGGAUGGACGAGGACGUCGAGGAGCCGGUCGACUCGGACGACGAGCCCAACCCGCGGCCGUACAAACCCAAGUUCCAGGGCCAGUGUCCCCCUGGCAGUCCAGAGUUCCUGCAGCGACACAUCAGCAAGAUAAUCAGUGAGAACCAAGCCAUCGUGGACACCGUGGAUCCGCUCUGGUCCCGACGCUAUCACAGAAAUCAGUCCAGUCCGGCUACCGAACAAAAGACUGCCGGGUACUUCCUCUUCCCAAAUUCGCAGGACUCCCGUCUCGAAACGCGCACGUCUGUGCCUGCUUUCAGGAGGACCGUGGACAACCCGAAAACUCCCCGACUGGCCCACGCACUGACUCGGCCCAAGGAGGAGGGUUCCGAGCCGCUGAACCUGAGCGUGAGCAGCCCCCAGAGGCGGCGCAGUGACGGUGCCGCCAACAACGGCUUGAUCCUCUUAAGUCCGGCCCCCAAAAUAGCCCGCCUCGCUUUCGACAAUUGUCAGCACCACCCCCAGAAUCCUGAGGGAUCCAUCAUCAAGGAUCUGCUGCUGAAAACCGGCCGGGGUGCCGAAGUGGCCGAGCUUCUUGGCGGCGAUGCCAAUCCGGCUCUCUUCAUGGAGACGGCCAGCGCCUCGGAGGCGGCUGCCGCUUAUUUUUGUGACCUCUGCAGAACACCCUUCAGGAGCUCUGAAACGAUGGAGGUCCACCAGCGCUUUUACUGCAAACGCCUGCACGAUUCGAGCAGGAAGAACAGCCAGUUGCACCACGAUGCUGCCAAACUUGUCGCUGCGUUAGAACUGGCCGCCUUGGCCACUCCGCCUCCCUUUCCUUCACCAGGCCCCUUGCUUGGCUCCACUCCUCUGGUUGGAGGCUACAAUGAACCUCCGGCGACCAAAAGGCCCCGUCUAUCAAACGAAGAGAGGCCACCCUCGACUGCUAGUUUACGCUCCCUAGAGGAGCUCUCCCGCUCACCCCGGCCUAUGCAAAUGUUUGGAGGAAAGGUUCACAUUAACGACGGUCACGAGCAGAAAACAAUGAUCAUCGACCCGUGCAGACCAAAUUCAGGAGCGUCCAUGCUGCCUGAUCAGCAGCCAUGCUCUACUGGUCGCAGCUCGCCAACCAGCAUUACCAUUUCGCGGUGCAACCUCAACUCCGGCGGCACAAUAGUUCAAAUGUCAACGAGCGCGCCGCAGCAGUUAGCGCCCAAUCCGUCGUCGAUGACGCUGGUGCCGGACCAGCAGAUCAUGGCAGCCGUGUCGCGCCCCAUUGUGCCCAAGAUCACGGCCCCGAAUCUCACUCCGACGCUGCACACUUCGUUCCUCACCUACAACCCCCUCACAUUGACCGCAGCCGCAAACUCCACAAGCAGGCGACCCUCGUCAUCAGACGCUGGGGUUGUCACCAUUCUGCACGGCGGCCGCGAGAUUCCCUACGUCCCGGGCAUGCCCGGUCCACAGAGUCUAGUGGAGACGCGGCCCCUAGACCUUGUGUGCGGUCCACCAGCCAAGCCAGACAUUCCUAUUAAAGCGACGCAAACAACGCCUCCGCCGUUGCAGCCCAUCAAGACCGUUGUUUCCGUCGCCCCUGCCGCCGCACCUUUGCCACCACCUCCGCCGGCCUCGGAGAGCCAGGUAGAGAUGGAGGAGGAAGCCCCCAAGCCCAAGUUCCUGCGGCCGAAUUCGCUGCCCCUGAAGCCAGGCACGUUCGCGCCAAAGCGGCCCCUGCUGACCUCUCUGGCGGGCACCACGCUGGUCAGCCCCGAAACGCCGCGGCCGCGCAAGUCGUACGGCCAACUCUAUUUGAAUGGCCACGCGUACACCUACCUGGGCCUCAAGUGUUCAACCAGGGUGUUCUACUGCUGCCUCACGCAGCCGCAACCCAUGUACGUGCCACAGAGCACCGACCCCAAGCUCUCCAUGUACUCCAACUGGCGGGUGCUGUCGCCGUCGGCCGACCCGCCCGAGAUGGCCCCCGCGCAGGCCAUGGCGCUCUACGACUCGAGGCACAGGCCCAACAAGUACUCGAUCGCCAGCACCAGGCCGCAGGCGCUCGUGGUCACGCACUCGUCCCAGUGGGACGCUGGCAGGAAGACUGACAGUGCGGAGGCCAACUCUUCAAAACCUGGUGAUCUGAAACAAGGCAGAGAGCAAAAUUCGAUAUCUGGCGAGCAGCAACCUAAGCGAGUUAAAAUUUUUGCCGGAGGAUUUGAAUCAAAUGAAGAGUACACAUACGUUAGAGGAAGAGGACGAGGGAAGUACGUUUGCGAAGAGUGCGGUAUAAGAUGUAAAAAACCAUCCAUGCUCAAGAAACAUAUCAGAACGCACACAGACGUGCGGCCGUUCACAUGUAAACACUGCAGCUUCAGUUUCAAGACUAAAGGAAACCUGACUAAACAUAUGAAGUCGAAGGCGCACUACAAAAAGUGCAUGGAAAUGGGAAUCAUGCCAGUACCAACUGUUGUUGAGGACAGCAACAUUGAUGAAGAGCUCCUCUUAAGACAGCAACAACUGCGAGUGGAGAGAGGUGGUGGACCUGACUCUGAAUCUGAGGAGGAUGAAGAUGACGACGAUGACGAUGAAGACGAAGAUGACGAUGAAGUGAUGCAAAUCAGUGACAUUGACGCAGGGCAAAGAGAGGCGGCGUGCAGUCUCCUGUCCCUGGCCGAACAGCCUGUUGGUCUCAUCCCCAUCUCAGCGCGUCCCUCAACAUACCCCUACUCAAGCGGGCCAACCUGCACGACCACCACCAUCACCACUGCGGCACGAACGCCAACAAUUUCGUCAGUCAGCGCGCAUUCAGAACGAGAAAAGGUGAGCCGCAACACGCGACUGCUGACUCUGGACCUAAAAGGAACUGCGGCACCCUCAGGGGGCGGCGACAGAUACUACUUCCCUUCGAAACGGGAUGAGACGGCGGCAGCAGCCGCGUCACCACCAGGCGCCACUCCACCGCCGAUGGACCUGAGCAGGCCGGCCCCAGUGACGCCGGUGCCUGACUCGGCCGCCUUGCUGGCCGCCCUCUGCAGCACAGUGGAGCGACUGCCAGCCGGCCGGCUGGGUCAUGGUCCGACGGCCGCACCACCUGACAUGCUGCACGCGUACCUGACCGAGAAAGCGCUGCAGGACGUGCGCAUCAAGCAGCACCAGGUGCACAAGUGGCGCGACGCAAACGCUGCCGCCACCGCUGGCACGCCGACCACGCCACUGGCCUCGCCCGCGGCCGCCCCCUCCCUCCUCACGCCGACAUUGGCAACCAACCUGUCGGCCAUGCUGCUCAACUCUCCGAUGAAGGAGCCCGAGCAGCCGCCACCACUGCUCGCAGCCGUCAAGCCUGAGAACCUCAACAAGGCCGCCGCCAUCGGCCAGCAGCACAUGGCCGCCGCCGCGGCCAUCGCAGCGACCAGGGGCUCUCCACCAAAGUCAGCAAGCCCAGGAAAGCCUAAGGCAGAGUUCAUGCCGCCGGCUGGUGGACCUGGCAGCAAUUACGGAAGGUUAGACAAAAAUUUGACUGAAGAUGGCAAGAGCCAGUGUGCGAUCUGCAACAAAGUGUUCUCAAAGCCAAGUCAGCUGCGUCUGCACGUGAACAUCCACUACUUCGAGAGGCCAUUUAGAUGCGAGUCAUGCGCUGUUUCAUUCCGAACAAAAGGCCACUUGCAAAAACACGAGCGUUCCGUCAGUCAUCAGAAUAAGGUGAGCAUGAAUUCGACCUUUGGCAUGCCCACAACUGAGAAUCCGCGGCCGUUUAAAUGCGAAGACUGCAAAAUCGCCUUCCGCAUCCACGGCCACCUCGCCAAGCACCUGCGCUCUAAAAUGCACAUCAUGAAGCUUGAAUGUCUGGGCAAACUUCCGUUCGGCACCUACGCUGAGAUGGAGCGCUCAGGCAUCAACCUCAACGAAAUUGACACCACAGAUUGCGACAACUCACUCGAAAGUUUGCAGAUUUUGGCGCAAAAGAUUUACGACAAGGACCCGUCCAAGCUGCAGCAGUGGGACCGCAGGAGGACGACCAGCGAGUCCUCAGAAGACAUGAUGGAGGAGUCUGGUGAGAGCUACAUGGGACCUGGGCAGAGCCACUCAAAUCAGGUCGGCUCUUCGGCGGCCGAUGGCGGCGUCAUGAAGCAGAGACUGAUGUCCGGCUCUGACUACGAUGAGUGCUCUGAAGGCGAGCCGGACGGCGGCCACGAGGGGAUGCACUUCAAGUGUCCCUUCUGCGAGCAGUCCUUCCCUGCUGUCAACUCGCUGAACAUGCACAUCUUCAUGGACCACGGCUCGCACGGCGAAGCUACCGUUGAGCAGCUGGACAAAUACAGAAACAAAAUUGAUUCAGGCCCUAGUCAGAUGUUCAAGUGUGACCUGUGUGGCAUCAUCCUUCCUACUCUUGACUCCCUCCACAAGCACGUCGCGUCACACUCUCAACCACGGCCUUUUGUGUGCAAAUACUGCGACGCCGGCUUCACGUCCAAGACUCACCUGAUGCAGCAUCUGGCCCUGCACCAGGCAGGGGCGGCCUUCAACGGCCCCCUGGCUGCCCCCAACUAGGCCCCCCGCGAAAGAGUGAUUUUGACUUGUACCUCAAUGUUUUGUGUCUUCCUCUCGCUGCCAUCGCUGAUUUACACACACUCAUAACUAUCGUUGUUAUCGUUUGAGACUUCUUAGCUGUACAUUUGUUGGACGACGAGAAAGAAAGCUCCACCGGGGCCUCCAGUGCGAGGUGGACAUAUCAGUUAUCGCUUUCGUUGAACGCGGUCGUUGCUAGUUUACAAGACUAAGGAAGCAAUUUAGACGUGACUCGUGGGACUUGCACUUUCCCGAGUUCUGUUCAACACAAAUUCGGGUUGCCUUGAGUUAGUUGAGAAAAAUCACCUGUUAUUACGUUUCAGUAGUGUUAAGUGUUUAAUUUUUAUCUGCUGACGUGUUUGUGCCAAAUGAAAAGUAAACCAAAAGAGUGAACCUCCGCCUGCAGUUGCUUAUACAUGUACCUACGAUAAUUUUUUACACAUACACCAAGCGUCAUAUCUUCCAAAUUAUUCUUUGUAACGGUGAACGAAGCAAGAAAUGCGACUAGCGAAAUGUGACUCAAGGCAAUUAAUUAAUCAAGAUGGAAAAACGAGUCGCUGAUUUGCCGAAGAGGAUGAUUUUUUUGUUCCUGGACCAAAAACGUUGGAAAUAAUCAGUGUCUGCCAUGUGAUGUCUUCUCUUUUUUGAUUCUCUCAAGUGUUUCCGAAAGUUUAUGAUCAACUAUACUGUGCCAAGUGUAGUGUUUAAGCCUACCCCUCUGCUCCACGUGUUGCAACAGAAGAAAUUAAAACAUAUUCGCACUGAGAAAAAGUAGAAAAUUACCCGAUCAAAAGAGUUAGGUUAGCAUUUUCGGCACUCUGCGUCGGCCAUCGACAAAAAUCUAAACGAGCUCAAGCGCAGCUCCUGACGACGAAAGAAAUUCUUCCUCAGGUUGCCAACCAUCGACCCUCAAGACUGCAGCACAGGUACCGGAGGCGGCCCGCCCCCAGGCCGCUGCCGCUCGCGACACACGCAAACAAACAUACACACACUAAGAAAAAAUGACGUAUGCAAACAAAAACACACGCUACACACACACUCGUACAUGCUCAACCCCUUUAUACAUUUUAAGACACAUGUUGUUAUUUUAAUUAAGGCGCCUUUUUGGAUCAACUGUUUUACUGUCGGCUGUAGACCAACUUUUCGAUCGGAAUUGUAAGCAGAGCAAAGUCUACUAGCGUCGCGAGUGUCGGUUUUGCUGCGCUAGGUGGCAUUUGGUUGGGCGCAUGUUGUGUCUGUCGGAUUUUAGUGCACGCGAGACGCGACGAAAGUGUCAAAUAAAUCAAAUAUCAUCCUCUAAGACGAUGUAAUUGUUGAUUAAUAAACAUGAUUGAUUCAAUCACA